GGUUAUUGAGUUUCCAUUGGCCUCUGCAUAUCGUUGCAUGUAUAGGAUAUCCGCGCGACCUUGACUGACACCUGCGAAAUCGAGCUAUGGGCAUUUCUGGCCUCCUUCCUUCAUUGAAGUCUAUACAAAUAAACAAACAUCUAUCCGAAUUCUCUGGACAAACUCUGGCAGUGGACGCUUAUGUCUGGUUACAUCGGGGAAUUUUUACUUGCCCCACGGAGCUAGCCACUGGGAAGACGACAACGAAAUAUGUCGACUAUGCCAUGCAUCGUGUCCGCCUUCUUCGUCAUCACAAAAUCCAACCUUAUAUCGUCUUUGACGGUGGCCCCUUACCCGCCAAAAAAGGAACUGAAGCUGAGCGCAAACAAAGACGCGACGAGAACCUCGCUAAGGCCAAUGCAUUGGCAGUUCAGGGGAAACACACUCAAGCUCGUGAAUACUAUGUAAAAUGUGUGGAUGUAACACCUCAAAUGGCGUUUCAGCUGAUAAAGGCUCUUCGGGCAGAAGGAGUCCCAUAUGUUGUCGCUCCUUAUGAGGCAGAUGCUCAAAUGGCGUACCUCGAGCGGAUUGGGCUUGUUGAUGGAAUUAUCACAGAGGACUCUGAUUUAUUGGUCUUUGGUUGUCGUAACGUGCUUUUCAAACUCGAUUCAGUUUCUAGCACCAUUACUUCUAUCUCACGAGCAGAUUUUGGCUCGGUGACAGCAACGGAAGGUGGUAUAUCGCUACACGGAUGGUCGGACUCCCAGUUCCGUGCCAUGGCCAUCUUAAGUGGCUGUGACUAUUUACCCAGCAUACCUGGAGUAGGACUGAAGACUGCCUGGACACUCCUACGGAAACACAAAACAGCGGAUCAGGUUAUCCGGGCACUAAGGUUAGAAGGGAAGAAGGCUGUACCGAGAGGAUACCUAGAAGCGUACAAAUUAGCAGAGAAAGUAUUUUUGCAUCAGAGAGUAUACUGUCCCUUGGAUGAAAAGCUGGUCAGUCUUAUAGAGAUACCUCAAGACGAGCUAUGGGAUAGUAAACAAGAGGCCUAUAUUGGAGGGUAA